GGAAGAGGUGCGGCGCGCAUAUCGGAGCACGUGCAAUCGCGGCGACUCGUGUAUCUGAAGAACCCUCGUAACGAACAAGGCACGACAAAACUGAAGAAAGAGAGGGAAAAAAAAUUCUUCUCCUCCCAAAGGAGACCGCACUCGAAGAAUGUCAUUCAGCACAAUGAAAAAUCCCAAUGAAGCCACGAUGUUCCUCGGAAACUGAUCGAUACCCACCAAAACUGCCGUCUUCUUUUUCUUCUUUCCUGUGCUCGUUUAUAAACUCCGCCGCUGUUUUGCCGUUUCCAUCCUUCUUCCUUAGAUGGCGCCACCGUACAACUCUGUUUUCCCCUUGCCGUCUGCUAUCGGCCGGGCCGCUCUCCUCUCUGAACUCCUGGACGAGUACCGUUUUUACUCUGUGCCGGCGGGGGUGGUGAAUCAGGCAGUGGUUUCCAACUACUCCGUGUGUGUUUGUGCGUGCUCGGCCGGGACGUUGCUUGGUGGGACUACGGGACCAUGUAGAAACGAACGCCUCGAUACCAAAGCAAAUCUUCUUGCAAUGUGGCGAUAUCGGAAUCAUCUCAAAGCAACUGUCCUUUGGACUUUGUGGGUUCUGCAGGUUCAUACCGCAAACACCUUUGGUGACGAUCUUUUUGUGGCAGACGACAGCUCUCGGGUUGAGGAAGUGGACGAGGAUGGGUGGUCUCGCUGGAGCCUCUGGAGUACGUGUUCACGCACCUGCGACGGCGGAGUCAGCAUGCAGUUGCGACAGUGCCUACGCAGGUCCGGAUGCCAAGGGGAACCCGCCAGGUACCGCAUCUGCAACAUGCAGCCAUGUCCUGAGGUGAGCGACUUCCGUGCGGCUCAGUGUGCGGCGUACAACAGUGUGCCGUACCGCGGCCGCCUCUACGAAUGGACGCCGUUCCACGAUCCCUCCGACCCGUGUUCCUUGACGUGCCAGGCCAAGGAAUUUCGCUUCAUGGCCAAAUUGGCUCCCAGGACACAGGACGGAACUCGUUGUCGCGACGGAGCACUCGACAUGUGCGUGCAAGGACGGUGCAUGUGCUGCUUCGGUCCGCUGUUUCAGCCCGUCGGAUGUGAUCUGAAGCUGGGAUCUUCGGCCGAAGUGGACGAGUGUGGAGUAUGUGGAGGCAACGGGACCCUCUGCAAGACUCCAGCCUUCAUUUGGGCAGAGACGCCUUUCUCGACCUGUUCCGUCACAUGCGGAGGAGGUACCCAGGAGAGCCAUCCUGUGUGCACUUCUUCUGACACCGGCGAAGAAGUGGACGGUCGCCUGUGCAGCGUCGAAUCCAAACCAGACCCUCGUGUCCGCGGUUGCAACACCAACCCCUGCCCGCCGAGCUGGCACUUGACGAGUUGGAGUGAGUGCAGCGCUUCGUGCGGGGGCGGGCGGCAGCACCGCAACGUAUCCUGCGUAAGGCCUUCUGAACGUUCCCAGGAACCCGUCCAGGACCAUUUCUGUCCAGGACAAAGACCACCGGACUCUCGCACGUGCAACACACAAGAGUGCUCUCGAUGGACGGAGGGGCAGUGGUCACAGUGCUCUGCAUCGUGUGGCGUGGGAACGCAGACGCGAGUGGUGGAGUGCCGUGACGCCAGGGGACGGAAGAGUAGCCUGUGUGACCCCGGCCACAAACCUCGCUCCAGGCAGCCCUGCUCCGCUGCAGACCCAUGCUUCGCCAAAGGAAGCAAGAAGAAGCGACUCAGGAACCUGCGCAUUGAGGAAGACGGGUCACAAGAGGAUGCUCCCCCCCAGAGUGUAGUCCCUCGUAAUUUCUUCGCACGUCCACAGCGACAAUCACCAGAGCCCAGUUUCAUCGUGGGAGACUGGGGAUCCUGCAGCGUCACCUGUGGUGAAGGCAUACAAAAGCGAAAAGUGGAAUGCAAGAUCUUUCUGGAGUUUUCCAGAACUAUGGCUGAGCUUCCAGACAAAGAAUGUGCCGGCAUUCGCCCUGCAGAAAUUCAACGGUGCUCCCUGCGUCCCUGUGCCCUGGACCAGAACAGAGAACAACUCGCAGAUACUGAGCAACGGGAAGAAGUAUCUUACUCGUGGCGGAAUGCAGGAUUCACACCUUGUUCAGCUUCGUGUCUUGGCGGCAUCCGAGAAUCUCUGGUUCAGUGCAUGCAAGACCAAGACGAGUCUGUCGUCAGCUACCUGUUGUGCGACAUAAGGAAGAAACCCGAAACAAUCACGCAGACAUGCAACAACCACCCGUGUCCACCAAGGUGGAAUGUGUCUGAGUUCGGCGUAUGCACCAAAGCCUGCGGUGGAGGUACCCAGACACGCAGUGUACAAUGCGUACAUGAGGUGACGCGAGGUCCAGGGAAUACGCUAGUGGUCAGCGACGACCACUGUCCAAGACCACGCCCGGUCGAUAAACAAGCAUGCAACAUAUUCGACUGCACGGCCCGAUGGGUGGCCGAAAAAUGGAAUAAGUGUUCGAAGAUAUGCGACGGUGGUGUGAAAACGCGGAAGAUCCGUUGCCAGAGGCAACUGUCUUACGGAAACGUGGUGGAAGUGUCACCUUCGCAAUGUCUGCGACGCAAGCCGAAGACGGUCAAGGCUUGCAACACCAAGCCCUGCCGUGGCACUAAAAUCCAGAACGGUCAAGGCGUCCAGGGAGGACCUCACCUCAAGGCUUCCAUCACAGCGCGAGGUAAAGCGGCUGUCUUCCUCGGCACGACGCUCAAGAUGCGCUGUCCUGGAGCGCACGCUGCCAUCAACGGGAGUGGCAUCGAGUGGGCGAAGGACGGCGCAGUACUGAAGAUUACUGGCCACCGUAUCGCGAUUUCGAGGAAAGGUGCUCUGAGGAUACGGAGGUUAGCUCCGUCAGACGCCGGAACCUACAGUUGUACACUGGGUUCGACCAAGAGCGAUCUCGUUCUGACAGUCAAGGAACUGCCGCCGGAUUUCGAUGGCCUCAUUGAGGAAGAAGACGACGGCAAAGGCUCGCGCGGACACAAAGCGUCUCCAACAUUGGCAACACUGGACGUGGACCAUCGCAAGCCACAUAAGUUCGGCAAACCGCUGUCUCCAACCAGUACGGUGCCAAAGCACAAGAACAAGUUCCCAUUCCUCACAAACAGCGUAGAAGACACGCAAGAUAAGGACGAUUCCAAGCCAUGGGACGAAAGCGCCACAAGUAGCUGGCAACGAAAGCAUGGCUUGGUGUCUGACCAGGAGAGCGAAGACAUCGGCAUUGUGAGGGGUACAUUAGAUGACCCAACGGUAAGGUCGGGCGCCUCAAGCAGUCACGAGGGCGGACUCUCCCGUAUCCAAACGAUGCUCACAAAGUUCCAUCGCACUUUUGGAGGAGGAGAUGGGGAGCUUCCUCCGGAGGACGAGGACAUGGGCUCUUCUGACAGCUACGUCUUAGGAAAAGGCAGCGCGGAGAGCCUCACAUUUGAAUGGUCUACAACACCGUGGUCUGCAUGUUCGCAGACAUGUGGAGGGAACGGACUCCAGGUGCGCGCCACGCAAUGUAUGGUCCGCUUGCACAACGUGUCCAGGACCGUUGACAAUAGCCUCUGCGUGGACGCAGGGCUCGAAACGCCACAGAUGCUCGAGAAAUGCGGCCUUCCCGAAUGUCCACAGUGGGCCACAGGACCUUGGUCGCAGUGCUCGGAAAGGGCGUGCUUCACGCUCAAUACUUCCACUCAGGAAAGAGAGGUGUCAUGUCGUCUGCCCAACGCGUCUACAGUGGAGCCUUCCUGGUGCAGCGCGUCCUCCAAGCCAAUGACGCAACAGCGGUGCUUCAGUGACCGAUGUAUAGGUGUCUGGAAAGCCGGGGAGUGGUCGGAGUGUACAGCAACAUGCGGUGAGAAGGGGUUCCGAACGCGUAUCCUGCAGUGCGUGUGGUUUGGUACGGAUAAACCUGCAGGAAACUCGUGUCUGCAUCAGAGUCGUCCAGAGGUGCUUCAGACUUGCACUGCACCACCAUGCAGCAACUCAGAGAACACAUGUGAAGAUCACUCACGCAACUGCCACAUGCUCCCUACCUUCCACAUGUGCCACAUGAAGAACUACCACGACUUGUGUUGUGCUACCUGCGAGCAAAGCUAAGGAAGACUUAACGAGCCUGCCACAUGGAGAAAGAACGUCCCACCCUCUGCAUGAACUACGGUAACCCUAUGGUCACAACUCGUGGGGCACGUAGGAAACGGGACUGUACCGUCAAUGAAAAAAAAAACCUACUCGGGAAAGAUUG